AUGUCGAUAUUAUCUGAAGCAUUUCCGCCACUCCUUAUAAACACAGCCUCAGAUAAGAUAUUACCCACAUGCUGUCCUGACCUUCAAUCAACCGUCACUUCAGCGACUUCGGUAAAGAGCGCUACAGGCAGCACACAAAAAAGUGGGUUUCAGCACUGGUGUUCUGCCAUGGUGACGCGCCCCCUAACCCUCCCCCAGGCCGGGGUGUCCCGCAGCACGUGGCUGGGCGUGACGGUCCUCGACGAGAACGACUGGUGGCCGGAGUGGGAGCGACUUUUCUACCACGGCAGCGUCCUGCAGACCGCCGGCCGCGGCGCCCCCGUGCUGGCCGGCCACGCCCACGCCCAGGCCAGCCCCAGGCAGCUCACGGUGACCGCCCGGGACCGUGACCAAGGCUACAACGGCAGAGUGACCUACACCAUCGUGGAGAAGGACAUCACAAAGUUGUUUUCAAUCAACCGACACACAGGAGCUGUGUGGGUGUCUGGCAGCCUGGACACAGUGGCCGGCACCACGGUGAGGCUGAGUGUGUGGGCCACGGACGGGGGCAGCCCCCGGCGGGAGUGUGUGGCGCCCGCCCCAGUCUUCAUCACGGUGAGGGAGGUGAAGGCUGCCCCAAUGGCCUUCCCCAAGACCCACUACUCAGCCGUCCUCCACCUGCCAACCUACCCUGUUGUGAGGGUGUUCUGCCUGGGCCGGGAGGAGCAGCCACGCCACCACGUGGAUGUGAAUGAUAUCACCGAUAUUUCAUAUUCCAGCGCUGCCGGUGACGACAGAGAAAACUUUGUGUUUGACAACGUGAGCAAGUGUGUCAAGGUCCAGGACCAGUACAGCCUCAAGCCUCAGUACAACCUCACCCUCCAGGCCAGCGACGGGGCCGCCUCGUCCACGGCAACAGCAGAGAUUAUAAUUGAAGAAGCGCCGCUGUCUACUCUGGUCUUCACUCAGGACCAGUACUGGGCCAACGUCAUUGAGAACUCCACUAAGGAGAUGAAUGUUGCUGCCCUGGGAGUGAAGUGUCAGCCGCUCAACCAUCACGUCCGCUACUCAAUUCUCAACCCAAACGUUGAAUUUGAAAUCCACCCGACCGCUGGCGUCAUCAAGACCACCGGCAAGUCCUUAGACCGGGAGGCAGAGGACCACUACACGUUGGUGGUGGAAGCACAGGACAUUGAGGGCACAGCAAACGUGGCCCAUGUGCUGGUCCACGUGGCGGUGAUGGACGUGAAUGACAACGAGCCGGUGUUCCUCAACCAGCCCUUCCACGCCCUGGUGUCCACCGUGUCUCCGCGCAGCCACGUGGUCACUAAGGUGCAGGCAAUAGACGCUGACUCUGGGGAGUUCGGAAGUGUCCGCUACGAGCUGGUGCGAGGCAGCGGUGAGCUCUUCGCCGUGAAUAAGAAGACGGGUGAAAUUUCCCUGAAGCAGACCCUGAUGGCGGCCGACAAGACCUACAGCCUCACCGUUGUUGCCUACGACGGGGGAAAGCCUCCCCUCAGCUCACAGGCCCAUGUCCUCAUAAGGGUGGUGUCUUCUGAAGGGCCAAUGUUCACCGCCGCACGGUACGAGGCAGCCGUGCCAGAGAACGCCGCCAAGGGCACGCCCGUUGUAAGGGUGGAGGCCGCUAGCCCUUCCGGGGAGCCCAUCAUGUACACCAUUGUGGCCGGCAACACCGAGGAGCUGUUCGGCCUCGACUAUUCCACAGGCGUCGUCCAGACCACUGCCCUGCUGGACUACGAGGCCUCCGCCAGCCACAACCUGACGGUGCGGGCGCGGGACCCCUUCACCGGGUUCAGCCGUUCCGUCUUCAAGGGAGACGUGUCGGAAGCUGCAUCACCGGGCCACGUGGUGCUGCAGGUCUCGGCAAGUGACGUGGACACGGGGCCGGGCGGUUCAGUGCGCUACUCGUGUGUCAUGGAGUGUGGCAGCUUUGAGGUGCGUGCCCUGGACGGUGCCGUCACACUCACCAAGGAGCUGGAUGCAGAGACUGAGGCUCAACACGUGCUGACUGUGCUGGCCACGGACUCAGGCAUACCCCAGCUCUCCUCCACCGCCACAGUGGUUAUUGACGUUGUGGACUUCAACGACAACCCUCCAGCGUGGCGCCAGGACAGCUACUCCUGCCGCGUGUCGGCCGAGGCCCAGCCCGGCCAUGUGGUCACCUCGGUGUCUGCCACUGACCCAGACGCUGGUCAGGUCACGCCGCUCAGUUAUGCCAUUCACUCGGGAGACCGAGACGCCAUCUUCAAAAUGGAUCAGCUGACUGGUGUGUUGACGGUGACGGCCCCACACAAGCUCAAGGACGUGGCCUCCCUCACCCUGAACCUGUCUGUGAGUGACGGGGUGCACGCGGCCUUCACCGGCCUGCACGUCUCGGGGCUGGCCUCCAACCACCACGCGCCGAGGUAACCUUUUAGUAUGGUCUUUGGGUACAAAUGCUGUGAUGGCCGUGUUUAAGGCUGUGAUGGCCGUGUUUAAGGCUGUGAUGGCCGUGUUUAAGGCUGUGAUGGCCGUGUUUAAGGCUGUGAUGGCCGUG